AUGGCUGAAGGCGGUGGCAUUGAUCGUCGCGCCGACGAGAAGAUGGAGUUUUCCACUUCUAAAGAGGUUACUGUCCACCCGACUUUCGAGUCCAUGUCAUUAAAGGAAAACCUCCUUCGUGGAAUCUAUGCCUAUGGCUACGAGUCGCCUUCUGCCGUCCAAUCUCGAGCUAUCGUCCAGAUCUGCAAGGGUCGCGAUACCAUUGCGCAAGCUCAGUCAGGUACCGGAAAAACAGCUACCUUCUCCAUUUCGAUGCUUCAGGUUAUCGAUACCGCCAUCCGUGAGACUCAGGCUCUUGUACUCUCACCCACUCGCGAACUUGCUACCCAAAUCCAAUCCGUCGUCAUGGCCCUCGGUGAUUACAUGAAUGUCCAGUGUCAUGCCUGCAUUGGUGGAACGAAUGUCGGCGAAGAUAUCCGAAAGCUUGACUAUGGCCAGCAUAUUGUCUCUGGUACCCCUGGUCGAGUCGCAGAUAUGAUUCGUCGCCGCCACCUGCGAACUCGCCAAAUCAAGAUGCUGGUUCUUGACGAAGCCGACGAGCUACUCAACCAAGGUUUCCGAGAGCAGAUCUACGAUGUCUAUCGAUACUUGCCCCCUGCGACUCAAGUCGUUGUCGUUUCAGCUACACUCCCUUACGAUGUUCUCGACAUGACUACAAAGUUCAUGACCGAUCCCGUCCGCAUUUUAGUCAAGCGUGACGAGUUGACGCUCGAAGGACUCAAACAAUACUUCAUCGCUGUCGAGAAAGAGGACUGGAAAUUCGAUACACUUUGUGAUCUGUACGACACCUUGACCAUCACCCAGGCUGUUAUCUUUUGUAACACCCGGAGAAAGGUCGAUUGGUUGACGGACAAGAUGCGGGAGGCGAAUUUCACAGUUAGCAGUAUGCAUGGAGACAUGCCUCAGAAGGAACGAGACAGUAUCAUGCAGGACUUCCGACAGGGAAACAGCCGAGUCUUAAUAUCGACCGAUGUCUGGGCCCGUGGUAUCGAUGUGCAGCAGGUUAGCUUGGUCAUCAACUACGAUCUGCCAAGCAACCGAGAGAAUUACAUCCACCGUAUUGGUAGGAGUGGACGUUUCGGUCGCAAGGGUGUCGCUAUCAACUUCGUCACCAGCGAGGAUGUCCGAAUCCUUCGAGACAUCGAAUUGUACUAUUCUACUCAGAUCGAUGAGAUGCCGAUGAAUGUGGCAGAUCUAAUCUCUUAA